AUUCCAUGCUUUUGUCCGUUUCGUUUACGAAACGCCACGAAGCCGUCUCCUUCGGUCUUCUGCUUUCGUCUCUCCUCUUCUUUUUUCUUUUCCCGGCUCUGUCGAGUUCGGGAGUUCUAUAUAUCUGGAAAGUAGGGUUAGGUUUCAAACGUUGGGGUACGCUUCAUCUGCGUGGGUUUCGUUCAGCAGAUUUCAUCAUGGCUGUCGAAGAUGACAUUAGAGAAGGCUCUGCGUCGUCUCAUAUAUUUGAUUCCUUGGAGUUCAACCAGAGGGAGAGGGAGGAUGUGCUUUCUCCUGAAGAUGUAGCCUGGGCUGAUUCCUGCCUUAUUAGGGAUCCUGAUGUUUCUGAAAUUUCAGAAAAUAACUGGAAUUCUCUUAAAGAUGCCUUACUAGAAAUCCUUAGUUCUGAACCCAAAUCACUUGGCUCGUCAGCCACUGGAGCUGAUUAUUUUUCCCGAGGAAGUGACUCUAAUACCCUUCAUUCCACCAAAGAGGCAGAAACAGCCCCUUCUCCAGAAAGGACUACUGAUGAUUUUUUCCCCAUGAAUGAAGAACGGGUUAAAAUGGGUAACGAUGGUCCAGUCGAUGAGGGGACUGAUACUCUGCAGCCACAAACAUCUUUGAAAAAUCCCUUUCUGCCAAAUUACAAAGAUAAGGUGCCAGAAAUUGAUAAUGCUGAUCAAGGACUGGAUUUUGAUUUUCCAGCGUAUGAAGUGGAGCCAUCUAGUGAAAACAUUUUUAAGGUGUGGGAUCUGGGCAUUCCAGAGGAGGAAGUUGAGCUUCUUGUACAGUUGAAGAAGGCCCUUCCAGAGAAUGGUUUUCAAUCAAUACCAUGGACUCUUGAUGCUCCAGGGGCAUGGAAGGAAUCAAAUGAUGAGCCAGUUGAUAACCUAAUUGCUGGCAUUGCAGACCUGUCUUUGAAUUGAAAUUCUGACUGAAUUUUAUUUUAUUUCAUUUUUUUUAAAUAUGAAUCAUAGCUUUGCUGUGUAAAUUUUCUACAGAGUACUUCGUAUUUAAUGGAAAUUUAAGUAGUUUGUUGCCUAGUUCA